GCUACUUUUUCAUCAAAAGCGAAUAAACUAAUGAACUUAGAGGAGAAAACAAACUAAAGUAUCGAUCAUAAACCACUACCAACGUUUGGAUCGAUAUCUGCAUCGAUCUGCCCACCCUUGUCUCCUGGAUCGUAGCUGAGAUCAGCGUGAACCACGUGGGUCUCUGCUCCCUGAUCUGUUUCCUGUGUUUGGAAAGAGUUCCAGCUUGAUCACGGAGUUUCUCUCGGUUUGUGGGAUCAUCUAAAGCUGAUCAGCAGGAGGAGAAGAGUCUGACGGAGCAGCAGAGGAACAUUUUCAGCCAUCUGGACUCAGCUGAGUCACUACAGAGGAAACAAUGAGCUCAACACAGAAGGACCAACAUGGAGCGAGAAGUCAGCGCUCUCAGGAGGCCGACAAACCUCACAGAAGAAAGAGAGAGAAAAAACACACCUGUGACCAGUGUGGGAAGGGUUUUACUGGGAAGGCUAAACUAAAACAGCAUCAGGUCAUCCACACUGGAGAGAAACCGUUCAGCUGCAACUUCUGUGGAAAGACUUUUUCCUGGAAGCUUUCCCUAAAAACACACCAACUCAUCCACAGUGGAGUUAAAGCGUACACCUGUGAUCAGUGUGGCAAACGGUUUAUAAACAACACACUGUUACAACGCCACAUGUUGACCCACACUGAAGAGAGACCUUAUAAAUGUGACCUGUGUGAGAAGACUUUUAAAGCUCCACGUUACCUGAGACAACACCAAGAGUUCCACACCAGGAAGAGACUCUACAAGUGCAGUUACUGUGAGAAGCAGAGCGACACAGAUGGAUCCAGUUCUCAACCCUGUCAUCACUGUGGGAAAGAGUUUCGUUGUGACCUUUGUGGAAAAACUUUCAGCCAUAAAAGGAACCUAAAAACACAUCAACGUAGACACACUGGAGACAAAAUGAAAUACUGCAAAGAAUGUGGGGGAAGUUUCACCACAUCAGUUGGAUUAAAACGCCAUGAACUCCUUCACAGUGGGGUUAAAAAGCACCUCUGUGAUCAGUGUGGGUCAUCCUUCAACACUGUAAGUCACCUUAAAACACACAAACGUGUCCACACAGGAGAGAAACCAUACAAGUGCAGACACUGUGACAAAAGCUUCUCACGCCCAGGUCAUCGUAACAAGCAUGAACGUACACACAUGGAAGGAAACUACAGCUGUGACCAGUGUGACAAGAGCUUCAGGAAUCUCAGUUCAUACUCCACACACAAACGAUCCCACGUUACUAAUAAACUGUUUCACUGUUACCAAUGUACCAAAACAUUCACUAAAUUAUCUUCUCUGUGCAAACAUCAGCGUAAUCAUUCAGGGCUGAAAUCACUCCCAUCACAGUGAAUCUGAAGAGACAGAAAGAUCCUCUUCUGGUUUCAGGGUCUGUUGGAUUUAAGUCAACCCUGCUGGUCAAGGCAGAAAUCGUUACUGAAAGCAACCACACAGACACUGCACAUGGUGGUGACCUCUCAACUACAUCUCCAGUCACUUCAUUUAGGGCAUGACCUUUUAAACAACCAACAUGAACAAAAGCAGAAGUGAGAAGUCCUGCUAAACUUAAAAAAAUAGGAACUUGUGGUUUCUUGUGUGCAGGCUUUCACAUGAAAACAGUCACACAGCCAUAAAAAGCAACACAAAUAAUGGCAAGAAGCUGUUGUAUUAUUAACUGCAAUAGCCAGUCGCAUGACAGCCACGGGAAGCCGACAGGUAAAGAGAUCGGUUUUUAUCGGAUUAUGUCGUGGAAGAGAAAUUGUUCAAGCCAUGUUUCCGAAGUAACAAAGAGCCGACAGAUGGCCUGGAUUGCAGCCAUUCGAAGACCAAAUAUAUAACGUUUCAGAGCACUCCCGCUCACAUGUAGUUAUUAUGAAAACCAGCCUACAAAAUGCUGGAAUGUGAUCCAGACUGGGCCCCCUCUAUCAACCUGGGUCAUACUGAGUUUAAAGCUGCUACCACAGCGGGAUUUGAUCGGUUAAGAGAGAGAGCGAUAUCAAAACAGCCACAAAAAGUCCCACAUAUAUGUGCCCAAGUGUUGUAUUGAAGCAAUCAAGUAAUGAAUAACUGUUUUCCAGUAUGUUGUUUUGAUAUGUUUUUUUUUUUUUUUCAGUGUUGAUUUGUUUUUCACCGAAGCAGCUAA